AUGGAGUUCCUGUUUGGGAAGAGGAAGACUCCGGAGGAGAUGCUGAGGCAGAAUCAGAGAGCGCUCAAUCGAGCCAUGAGAGACCUGGACCGAGAGCGAAUGAAACUGGAGCAGCAGGAAAAGAAGAUCAUUGCUGACAUAAAGAAAAUGGCCAAACAGGGACAAAUGGACGCUGUCAAGAUCAUGGCCAAGGAUUUGGUUCGCACAAGGCGCUAUGUCAAGAAGUUCAUCAUGAUGAAAGCUAACAUCCAGGCAGUCAGCCUAAAGAUUCAGACGCUCAAGUCCAACAACAGCAUGGCACAGGCUAUGAAAGGCGUCACCAAAGCCAUGGCCACAAUGAACAGACAGUUGAAACUGCCUCAGAUUCAGAAAAUCAUGAUGGAGUUUGAGCGACAGAGUGAGAUCAUGGACAUGAAAGAGGAGAUGAUGAAUGACGCCAUUGAUGAUGCCAUGGGUGAUGAAGAUGAUGAGGAGGAGAGUGACGCCAUCGUGUCCCAGGUGCUGGACGAGCUGGGACUGAAUCUGUCCGAUGAACUGUCAAGUAAGAAAAAUCCAACGCUGUGGUCACAGUCAGGAAAAUGCUACAUGUGCAGGGCUGAGGUUUGCUAG